AUGGCGGACGCGCGCAGCGGCGCGGACGCGCUGGGCGAGUGCAGGGACUUCACGGACGCCAAGAACCAGGCGUUGGGCGCGGCCGAGCAGGAGGGCGAGCAGGAGGGGCCGGCGGCCGCCGUGGACGAGGAGAGGCGGAGAAGCCCGCCGGCCAGCAGCAGGCCCUGUCCUCCAGCCGCGGCGCAGCCGCCGGACCAGCUCGCUCCGGAACUGCGGCCGCAGCCCGGCGACGAGCGGGGCGAGGCGCCCGCGGGCGCGGAGGCCCCGCGGGGCAGCGCCAGCUUGGUCCACGCCUCCGCCGCCGCGCUGCGCGCCGUCGGGGAUGAGCGAGGACGCGGAGAUGGAGGGCCGGGAGGCCGUGGAGGACGCCACCGGCCGCCGCUGCAGGCCGGAGGCGGAGGUGCAGCAGCUCUGGGGGCAGAUCGAGAGGUGCGCGGCCCCGCUGGCGGCGGCGCUGUGCGAGCAGCUGCGCAUCCCGGAGGGGGCCGACGCUGA